GACACAUUAGAGUCAGCAACUCAACUCAACGAGUCCCUUCGCGCGAAUAAGCCCAUCCAAGUUUUCUUUUGCGCGCCUUGUUAGACCGGCUAAGCCAAAGGCCCCGGAACAGGCUAACGUGCGCACUUCCUCGCUAUCGGCAGAUCCAUGAACGACUCCAUUGCCGGAGCUUCAACGCCCGAACACACAGAAUUGUGUGGACAGUAGAAGAGAAACCCUCAAGAGCAUUCGCAUGGAAAACUGAUUGAUUGAGAGGAUUUGUUUUGCUUGUUUUAGUUUAAUUAUCAUUUCCGUGCAUUCGUGUGAUGGACGUUAUGAUUUUGGUCUAAGUUUGACGGUUUAUGGUGGUGAUUUUGUAUCGUUGAAGACCAGAAACUAUAUGAACGAUGAAGGCUAUCUGUCUUUUAGGGAAGGGAUAUCAGAUGAGGAAUUGGGUUCUAAAUCAUCAGAAGGGUUGCAUGUUGCGUCGGAGUUCAAUAAUAUGUUAGGGUUACAAGGAGAGUCGCUAUCUUCGAGAGCUAGGGCAGGGGAUGCCAAGAUGUCUGAAGAAGGAAAGAACUCCAGUUCCAAGAGGAGAUCAAAGAUUGUUGAAGUACGAGUCCAUUCUAAUGACGAUGAUGAACCCAUUGGGUCUCUGUUAACAUUGAAACGGGGUCGGAACCCUAAGCGGGCUAAGCCUGUAUUAAACAGUGGGGACGUUGAACCGGUUCAGGUUAGAGCAGAGUAUUCAAUGGAUGGAGAUGAGGAUUUGGGUGAGAUGGAUGAUACAUUGGCAAGUUUUAGGAAGAAGUUGAAGGGUCCAAAGAUGGGCAAGGAUGGUGAAUCUGGUAGGGUAAAGGGAACAGAUUCUGCUUUGAGUGCGGGGGUAAUGAAGGGUCGUUAUUCUCAUAAGCCUUUGAAGGAUGGGGCAAUGGAAGCAAAAUCACACGAGAAUCCAGUGGAGCAAAGCCCUGCAAUUGGUGUUGAUGGCUUGAGUCCUCUUUUGAAUGGAGAGUUGGAGAGCAGGCCAAAAGGCCGGGGUAAAAGUUCUAGGGUUGCUUCAAUUCCGAAGAAGACAGAAGAUUUUAAUGGGGGUCUGGGUCAGCAUCAUCGUCUUCCGAGAUCUCGUGGGACAUUGAUUCAAGGAAAGAAAGAAAAUGAAGAUUCCAGUCAUUCUUCUGAUGAAAACCUAGAAGUUUCACUCUCUGCAUUUGUUAGGAAGUCUCAGCCUGGUUCCGUCAGGAGAGCUCGAUCUUCUUCUGUUCGGAAACAUCGAGAGGAAUCUGCAGCAUCUGGUGAUGCCUUGAUUCGAGGCUCUGAGGUUUCCGAGGAUGUUCUAUCCAUGAUUACCCAGAGACCACGGUCGAAUUCUAGUUCAAAGUCAGCCAGGAAAAUACACAAAAUUGAAGGCAGGAUUGAUAUGGUUUCUGGUGUAAGUCAAAUAGAUCCAGUGGUUCAAAAGGAGUCUUUGGAAACUCAGAGAUCUGAUGCUGAUACAAUAAUGCCUUUUAAGGUGAUGCAAGGGAACUCGUUAGCUUGUCCAUCUCAAGAGCUUGCUUCUGCUCCAGAGAUAGACAUUGUGAGAUUUAAUGAUAUUGAAUAUAAUAAAACCCCUGACGGAAUUCCAAAGGAUCAGGGAUGUCAAUCAGUGGCACACAUUAAAGAAAAGGCUUCGACAGGCCGUGGAUUGGAAUGUUAUAGGGAGAACCUGGAUAAUUCAAACCAACUUUCUUGUGGUGUUUCUGGAGACUUUCCAUGUGGCAAUGUCCAAGAAUCUUACGCAGCAUCUGUCCAAAAGCUUACAGAGGAAACUUGGAGUUUGCAGGGUAGGUUAAAGCAGUGUUCACAGGGAAAGUCUGGUGCUUCGGGGCAUGACGUUACUGAAAAAUCAAGCAUUGAAUCUGACUCAAAACUGAUGAAGAAGAGUGGUGUGCUUGUUGCUGAUGUUUCGAAUGUUCCUGAAGAUCUUCCAUCUUCUAUUGCUUCAAGUUCUGCUGGAGUGAGCCUAAAAUUUGAUGGAGCUUUUGAUGGAACUUCUGAUGUCUUAAAGACAGCUGAGGAAUCUGCCGGGUCUGAUAAUGAAUAUGAUCAAUCAGCUGUUGGUGUUCCAAAAAUAUGCCAUUCAAGUGCGAUCCCAGAACCUUGUUCUCUUUCCCUUCCAACACCAGUCAAAGAAAUCCUAGUUUCUUGUUCAACAGAUGAUCAGUUGAACAGGUCAUUGGAAGAAACAUGUAAAGGGAUCAGUGUAGAUCAUAGUAAUUGCUUGAACCAGCCUUGUGGGAAUAACUCAAAUGAACCGAGCAAUCAUGUUGAAAAGUUAUCUUCUGCACACUGCAAAACUCAGAAUGGGGAAACGAAAAGAUGCGAUGAACCAUUUUGGCCUCUCAGUGAGAAGAAGUUGGAGGAAAUCCUGAAACCUCAAGACAGGCUUGGUCAAUUUCCUGAUGGAUUUUCAAAAGGCCAGCUUGUUCAACUCCAUCCAUCUUCUUCUGCUUCUGGUUCAACGAGGAAAGAAGGAACAUACGGACAUGAUGAUGUUCCAAAUCAAUCUCUGGAUACUUUUGCGGACUACCACCAUGAUUCAAGCUCUACACGCACAGAAGAAACCUCUGUACCAGAUUGUGGGUUAUUCUCAGUUUCACUGCUUUCUGAUAUAGUUAGAAAAUCCGAUUUUUCACUUGCUGUGAAUCAGGAAGAAGCACCAGAUAAUGUUAAUGAUCCCAGGUUAUUCUCUGGUGGGCCUAUGAUUGGUUCUGAUACCUGUUUUCAGCAGCACAGUCAACCUUCUGAUGAUGCCUUGAAAGCGAUAAAUAUUCCAAAUUAUGAUCCUGUCUAUGAAAAGGAAGAAGCCAAGGGAACCUGUUCUCCAUCCCUACCUAUGCAUCCAGAAGAAAUAUGUCCAGAAGAUGCAGAAGUGGAACCUGAUCCUGAAAACGAGGAUAAGAAACUUUCAAUGAUGCAGAGGGCCUUGCGCAAGAUUAAAAAACGUAGGCAUGGGGAUAUGGCUUAUGAAGGGGAUAAUGAUUGGAAGGUUCUUAUGCAUGAGCAUGGUUUUCUGGAAAAUAAUUAUAUCCUUGAUGGAGAUCGGCCUUCCAGAGUUAAAGACAAGUCCUUUUCACCUUCAUUUAUGGUUUCAGAGGCUGACAAGGGCUUGGCAGCAGUGGCCGCUGGGUUGAAAGCCCGUAUAGCUGGUCCAGUUGAGAAAAUUAAAUUCAGGGAGGUCCUAAAACGCAGAGGUGGACUUCAAGAGUACUUGGAAUGCAGGAAUCUAAUCUUAGGCCUUUGGAGUAAAGAUACGAGUCGCAUUUUACCUCUCGUAGAGUGUGGAGUUACUGAUGUUUCUUCCAAGGAUGAGACGCCAAGUGCAUCCCUCAUUAGGGAAAUAUAUUCAUUUCUAGACCAGAGUGGUUAUAUCAAUGUAGGAGUUGCUUCUGAAAAGGAUAAAGCAGAACCUCAUGCUAAGGCACAUUAUAGACUUUCAGAGGAGAAGAUACGAAAUGAAAGGGUUGGGGCCGGUGUUGCUGAUUCGGAGGACGGAGUGGCCUUCAUUCUUGGUCAGCUUAAGUGUUCUGAAAAUCUUCGGGAGAUGAAGAACAAUGUCUUAUUUGACGAUGCAAAACUGAUCUCAGAAGCCACUGAAGAUGGAAAACAAGUGUUGGGACCUGAGUUAUCCACUCUGGAGUCAGACGAAUGCCUGGUUGAUAACGGCAAUGCUGAUGGUUGUGUGGAUGCUUUGAGCAUUGAUCCAUCUAGUGAUAUAGUGGAUGGUGGAUCAGAUUCUAUUUUAGCUGCAGAGCAUGUAAGAGACUCAAGUGGGGUUGAAUCUGCUGUAAUCCACCCUGUAGAAGGAAAUGAUAGUAUGCAAUGUGAGUCAGAAGCUCGCAAGAGAAUUAUUGUUGUAGGAGCUGGCCCUGCUGGCUUGACUGCAGCUCGCCAUUUGCAGCGCCAAGGCUUCUCUGUUACAGUUAUUGAGGCUAGAAAUAGGAUGGGGGGUCGUGUUUAUACAGAUCACUCAUCUCUUUCUGUCCCUGUGGAUCUUGGGGCCAGCAUUAUCACUGGUGUUGAGGCUGAUGUGGCAACUGAAAGAAGACCAGACCCAUCCUCCUUGGUCUGUGCUCAGUUGGGCCUUGAGUUGACUGUGUUGAACAGUGACUGCCCACUUUAUGAUUUUGUGACGGGCCAGAAAGUUCCUGCUGAUUUGGACGAAGCUCUUGAAGCAGAGUUUAACAGCCUACUUGAUGACAUGUUGGUUCUUGUUGCUCAGAAGGGAGAACUAGCAAUGAGAAUGUCACUUGAGGAUGGGUUGGAAUAUGCUCUAAAGAGGCGUCUUAUGGUUCGAUCUGUUUCAGAUGCUGAAAAAUUUGAAUUGCAUACUUCAGUAAAUGCUUCCUCUGAAACUGGAACAUAUUCUCUCACUAAUGAAGACCUCGAUAAAACCAAGUCAAAAGAUGAGAUAUUGAGUCCUCUUGAGAGGAGAGUAAUGGAUUGGCACUUCGCCAACUUGGAGUAUGGUUGUGCAGCUUCGCUGAAGGCAGUGUCUCUUCCUUACUGGAAUCAGGAUGACGUUUAUGGAGGAUUUGGGGGGGCCCAUUGUAUGAUCAAAGGGGGUUACAGCACCGUCGUUGAAUCUUUAGGUAAAGGGCUUAAUGUUCUCUUAAAUCAUGCAGUGACAGAAAUCUUUUAUGGCACAGGGGACUCUAGAGAAAAUGAUGAAAAUUGGAGCAAAGUCAAAGUAUCCACAUCAAAUGGUGGUGAGUUUGUGGGAGAUGCGGUUUUGAUCACUGUGCCUUUGGGGUGCUUAAAAGCAAAUACCAUUAAAUUUUCUCCAGCCCUACCAGAUUGGAAAGAGUCUUCUAUCCAACGACUUGGCUUUGGUGUUCUUAACAAAGUGGUCUUAGAAUUUCCAGAAGUAUUUUGGGAUGAUACUGUGGAUUACUUUGGAGCAACUGCUGAGGAAACUGAUCGUCGGGGCCAGUGCUUUAUGUUCUGGAAUGUCAAGAAGACUGUUGGAGCUCCUGUCCUUAUAGCCCUUGUGGUUGGUAAGGCAGCAUUGGAUGGACAAAAUUUGAGCUCAUCCGAUCAUGUUAAUAAUGCUGUAAUGAUUCUUCGUAAACUUUUUGGGGAGUCCUCAGUACCUGACCCAGUUGCAACAGUUGUAACAAAUUGGGGCAAGGAUCCUUUUAGCCGGGGUGCUUACUCCUAUGUCGCUGUUGGAUCAUCAGGGGAGGAUUAUGACAUAUUGGGUAGGCCUGUUGAGAACCGUUUAUUUUUCGCUGGUGAAGCUACUUGCAAGGAGCAUCCAGACACUGUAGGUGGUGCGAUGAUGAGCGGGCUACGAGAGGCUGUACGGAUAAUUGACAUGUUAAGUACUGGAAAUGAUUAUGCAGCAGAAGUGGAAGCAAUGGAAGCUGCACUGAGACAGUCUGACGGUGAAAGAAAUGAAGUUAGAGACUUGUUGAGGAGACUUGAUGCAGUUGAACUCUCUGGUGUCCUAUACAAGAGCUCAUUGGAUGGAGAACAGAUGUUGACCAAGGAGGCUUUGCUCAAGGAUAUGUUCUUUAAUGCGAAGACUACUGCAGGUCGAUUACACUUAGCUAAGGAGUUGCUGAAUCUUCCUGUCGAAGUCCAGAAAUCCAUUGCUGGGACUAAAGAAGGCCUUAGCACACUCAACUCAUGGAUACUGGAUUCAAUGGGAAAAGAUGGGACUCAACUGCUGCGACAUUGUGUUCGCCUGCUUGUGCUUGUGUCAACUGAUCUGCUUGCUGUACGUUUAUCAGGUAUUGGAAGGACAGUGAAGGAGAAAGUCUGUGUACAUACAAGCCGUGACAUUCGUGCUGUGGCAAGCCAGUUGGUCAGCAUGUGGAUUGAAGUGUUCCGCAAGGAAAAGGCUUCUAAUGGUGGAUUGAAAUUACUGAGGCAAGCAACUACUAUGGAUUCAUCAAAGGCAAAGUCAUUGAAAGAUUUUAGUUCAGGAAAGCCACCUUUACGCACUACUCAUGGCACACCUGAUAACAAAGGGGCCAUUCAGGUUCCUUCAUCAGGAGGAAGUCAUUCUCCUUCCAAUGUAAAUAGUAAGAACAAUAAGAAGCCGAGCUGCAAACCAUCCAAAUUGGAAACCAUUACUGACUCAAAAUCAGAGGUUUCAUCACGGUCAGAAGAUGCUGUACAAGGGUUGGAUUUUAAGGUGGAUGACAGCGGUGCUGCCAUGUCUGAAGAAGAAGCUGCUGCCUUUGCUGCUGCUGAAUCUGCUCGUGCUGCCGCUAUGGCAGCUGCAAAGGCAUAUGCAUCUUCAGAAGCAGAAUGUAGUACAUUACCUGAGCUUCCUAAGAUACCAUCAUUUCACAAAUUUGCCAGACGAGAACAAUAUGCCCAAAUGGAUGACUCAGAUAUUCGGAGAAAAAAGUGGCCAGGGGAUGUUUUGGGAAGGCAAGAUUGUAUAUCAGAAAUAGACUCUAGGAAUUGCAAAGUUAGGAACUGGUCUGUAGAUUUCUUUGCCAGCUGUGCCAACCUUGACAGUAUGAAAAUGUCGGUUGAUGACUAUACUCAAAGAAGCUUCUCAAAUGAGGUUGCAUACCAACUGAAUCUGAGAGAGCAUUCAGGGGAAAGUGUAGCCGUUGAUGGUAGAUUUUCAAAGGCAUGGGUUGAUUCUGCUGGGAGUGGAGGGGUGAAGGACUAUCAUGCCAUUGAGAGGUGGCGGUCCCAAGCAGCAGCUGCUGAUUCCAAUUUCUAUCAUUCAACUGAACACUUAAGGGAUGAGGAGGACUCAAACACUGGGAUGAAACUACACUCUGGAACGCAUGAGAGACGGGCAGAAGAAAGCUCUGCUUCACAACUCUCUGAAAGCAAGUUGUUGGGGGAAAAUCAGCGAAGAGGAGUGGAGCGUAUUAAGCAGGCUGUUGUCGAUUAUGUGGCAUCAUUGCUCAUGCCUCUCUAUAAAGCAAGGAAGAUUGAUAAGGAAGGUUACAAGUCAAUGAUGAAGAAAAGUGCAACUAAGGUUAUGGAGCAGACUACAGAUGCAGAGAAAGCAAUGACUGUUCCCGAGUUUCUUGACUUCAAGAGGAGGAAUAAGAUCCGUUCCUUUGUGGAUAAGUUGAUUGAGAAGCAUAUGGCGAUGAACUCAGUUGCGAAAUCAUGAGAGUGAGGAAAUUUGGGAUGGCCAUGGUCUAAUGGGCACCCUUUUUUAUAUGACAUGGAGUCGUGCCCUCAGUACCUGCUCAACCGCUUGAAAGCGGUGUUUGUUGGACGUGGUGGGGCGCUAGAGUGCAACUCCAGACAGACAGCUGCAUAAGACGCGUUAUAUAAUCUGCCCCUCGAACAGUCAGUGAUCCAACAAGUGCAGUGCAACUUGGAAAUGGGGAAGGGACAGUUUCUUUGAGAUCAUAUGCUCAUUCAUGCUGCAGUGGUUGGUCCUUUCAUCAUGUGUAGAACUUUGGCCACUUGCAACUUUGGCCUGGAGUCUAAAGUACGGUGAAAGGCUGAGCGAUAGAGGCCUCCCGUGUUCGGAGGUUCAUCGCUAUUCGGCUUGAAGGAAAUGCUUUAAUGUGCCGAUCUGGAUGGACAAAACCAAUAUCAAACUGCAGUCCAAGAUAAACUUUCGAUUGCUGACAGCAGUUGUUUUUCCAACCCAUCAGUGGUGAUAUAAUUUUAGCUACGAGAUUGAGCCCUAAAUUUUAUCUGGGGAUUCAAAUAUGAGCUCUUAGAUCUUCUUGCUUCCCUUUCCUUCAUUUAAUUUUUUGUACAGCUCAAGAUUGUUUCUGACAUGAACAAGCUUCCAUUAACAAUUUAACAUGUUCUUUCUUGUGCCCCUUGUAGACAGUUCUAAAUUCACAGCAGUCUUUGUAACUUUGUAUCUGGUUAUUGAAGGGAUGAUCUACAUUAAUUGGCUGCCAGAUGUGAAGAAUGUUUGGAGCUUCUGCUUCUUCAUUUUC